AAACAACGGGGCAAACCUGGGCUGGGCUGGGCUGGACCCGACCUGAAAUGCCAUCCCACCUUGAUUUUGCAAACCAAGUCAAAGCAGGUCCAGCCUCUCCUCUUCAGCCUCUUAGACUAGAGACCUUGGGUUGGGCUCGAUUAGACAUAUACGAGUAUCUCGGCCUCAACCUCUCAUCUUCAGCAUCUCUAUCGCUCCGACCGUCAUCGACGUCCCGCGACACCAUCUUCUUCUACCGCCAUCCUGCGACGGUCUCGAUCUCUGCCCAUCAUGGCGCGCGUCUACGCCGAUGUCAACCAGAGCAUGCCCCGCAGUUACUGGGACUACGACAGUGUUAACAUCAGCUGGGGUGCCCUAGAAAACUACGAGGUCGUCAGAAAGAUUGGCCGUGGAAAGUACUCUGAAGUCUUUGAAGGCAUCAAUGUCGUCAACUACCAGAAAUGCGUCGUCAAGGUUCUAAAGCCUGUGAAGAAGAAGAAGAUCAAGCGCGAGAUUAAGAUCCUCCAGAAUUUGGCCGGAGGUCCUAAUGUUGUUGCCUUGCUCGACGUUGUUCGGGAUGCGCAGAGUAAGACGCCGUCCCUCAUUUUCGAGCACGUCAACAAUACCGAUUUCCGAAGCCUCUACCCUAAGUUCAAUGACAUCGAUGUCCGGUUCUACAUCUUUGAGCUCCUCAAGGCUUUGGACUUCUGCCACAGCAAGGGUAUUAUGCAUCGAGAUGUUAAGCCUCAUAACGUUAUGAUCGAUCAUGAGAACCGAAAGUUGCGUCUCAUCGACUGGGGCCUGGCCGAAUUUUAUCACCCCGGUACCGAAUACAACGUUCGUGUGGCCUCUCGCUAUUUCAAGGGUCCAGAACUGUUGGUCGAUUUCCAGGAGUAUGAUUACAGUCUCGACAUGUGGAGCCUGGGAGCCAUGUUUGCUUCUAUGAUCUUCCGAAAGGAGCCGUUCUUCCAUGGGAACAGUAACUCGGACCAGCUUGUGAAGAUUGCAAAGGUUCUUGGUACUGAUGAUCUGUUUGACUACAUUGAUAAGUACGAAAUUGAACUGGAUGCGCAAUAUGACGACAUUCUCGGACGAUUCCAGAAGAAGCCCUGGCAUAGCUUCGUCACCUCGGAAAAUCAGCGAUUUGUUUCUAAUGAGGCCAUCGAUUUCCUUGACAAGCUACUGCGAUACGACCAUCAGGAGCGUUUGACCGCCAAGGAGGCGCAAGCGCACCCCUACUUCAACCCCGUCCGUGAUCCCGAGGUUUUCAAGCAACACCUUGCAGCUGCUAAUGGCGCUGCCAACAAGUCUUGAGAGUGCUUGGAGUCGUAGCUCUCCAACACUCAUCAUCUCUGGCGAUCCAUCUCGUGGCAACUCUUAACCAUGAUACCCUGGACCGGCGGUUACUGCUUUCCUUUGUCGGUUUUCCAACCCUGAUAGGAUACACCCAUAUUGGGAAGAGAAUAUCUCAGCCGGAUCCGCCUCGAUCCUUUCCGCCGUGAAAGCGCGUCGACUCAGUGGCCCUGUGAGAUGGAUUUCAUGAGAAUGGGGCUGUAUGAGAAUAUCCUACAGCCUUAGCAUGACGUAUGAUUCGAUCGGUUGGUGCGGUGAGGAGAAGCUUGCGCGACAUGCCGCAUCAUCUCGGACGUUGUUACGGGGGCGAUGUGGAAUGAGACAAUGUGGUUUCGGCGUUCCAGGUUCUGGGGGUUAUAGCACAUUGAGAUCGAGGGCUAAUCUAAUCACCAACACUCCUAACCUUUUUUUAGCUUUGUAGUUGGAGGUUUUCAUGCUUUUGGGUCAGUUUUUCUCGAGUAGCGUUAAGCAUCAAAUAAAACCACAGCGCUAUGUUUGCUUGUUGUAUGUUGAUUCCCACAAGGCUUUAUUUUCUAUGGUCUUCUCUACUAAAAGUAAUCUGUGAGAUCAGAACGGCCAUUCAUAUACAAGUGAAGCAAAAGUCUCGGCCACAUUGAUAACCAUCUAUACCACAGGUUCGUAACGUGCCCCCCGGUGUCUUAACAGUGUUGGUAGGACUGGACAUCUCAUGGAAACGCUUUCUACUGGGGGUCCGUUGGAUUUCUCUGGUUAGGGCACUCGCUCGCCAAAUCCUCUUUGUUGAAGGACGGACGCUUGCUGUCUUUGAUGUUGAUUUGACUCUGCGCGCUAACUCAUCCCGAGACUCGCCGGUGUCUGAUUCCGAAUCCGACACAAAUGAGAGGAGGGAUCGGCGUGAUGAUGGUGCACGAGUAGUACGAAUGGAAGCAUGACGAGGGGUGUGUGGUUUGUGAGAGCUUGAAGGAGGUUCUGUAAGGAGAGUCCUGGUAUCUUUCGGCUUCCGUGGUGUCGAUGCCCCAUGAACCAUGGUAUCUCGAGGCAAUUCGGGGAGAGAUUCGUCAUCAUGUACAGCUUCGUCUUGAGGAGGCGCAUAAUCAAAGGAGUUGUCGUUAAGACGAGACCUACUCUCGUCAGGGGGAUCGCUAUAGUUGGGAGGUUCUUCAACAUGGACGGGCGAGGAAGGACUAGCGGUAGAUGACUGCUCGUCUCCGAUGAUUAUAAAGGUCUCUGGUGCUUCCAUAGGCCCCUCCAGAAUUGUAUUUGGUUCCUGCAACAGCCCGGAUGGCGUCAGAGACACCGGCUGUUCCUCCUGGUCAUCUGAAAUACCCUCAUUGAGUUCUGUUGACUCGUCUGUGCUGUUAUUGGACUUUUGGAGCUUUUCCCAGGACCGCCGAAGCUUGAUGGUCUCAUCUGAAGUUCUAGCUUGUGAUCUAUAAGACGCUGGGCUCUUGGGUUCGCUCCUAAGAUGAUGUGUUACUGUACGUUCUUCAGUCUCUGUAUCAUCAUGAUCCGAUUUUUGUAAGGUUUCUUCACCGCGAUCGGGACAACCAUGGCUCCUCGUAGCAUAGGUCGAGUGAUCUUUGGCCCCAACUUCAAUAUCGGGAUUCGCAGGAUUCGACUUCUUUGGCGCUCCAGCAUCAUGCUGUUGAGGCACCAUGGGGCCCCUUGUUAUGACCUUCGUACUGGAAACAGUAUUAUUAUUUUGAGCCUUGCGUGUUGAGCCUUUGGGUCUUCCCCGCUUGCGCUUGAGAGGCUCUAUAGUCUGGCCCUGCAUACCCCCAACCGUAGGCUCAACUAUGGGUGCUGCUCGUUGGUUGGGUUUUGGUGAACUACUCGCAACAUAGACAAUGGGCUGAGCGCUUCGAAUUCGAUCCUGCGUUGGCAUGAGUGGCGGUGGAGGUUUUCGGUUUUCUACCUGGCGUUUUGGUGCUCUGAUCCUUGAAAGAACAAGAGGAGCUUCGUCGUCUGAAAGCUCCAUGCUAGGAACGGUAGGUACAUCAGAAGCAUAGUGUCUGCCGUUGCCCGUCUUGCGCUCCGGUGCCUCAGGAGCACUGCUGUUGAAAGGAGUCGCGGUGUCCUGUGAAUCUGGUACAACCUGCCUUUGGGAGGUCGCCCCCCUUUCGAGUGCUUUUGUUGGCAACGCAUUGUCGUGAAGCUCCUCCGAAGACGAGGCACUCUCGUCGCCAAUAUGAUCGACGCUUUCGAAGUCUUUGUGAAUAACUGGAUCAGCCUUGUAUAGCUCCACGCUUAACCUCUGCCCUGAUUUCUGCCAUUCUUUGGCGUCGUCCCAUGAGAUCUUGCCCAUAUACUCAGUUUGUUUCCUCGCUCGGCCAGACCGUCUCCGACCAGAAUCGUCUUCUUCGUCGUUCUUCUGAGGCACUUUCACAGCAUUUCCAUUGGUUUCUUCCAGUGCCCCUUGUGAGUGUCGAUGAACCUCGCCUUUCGCAGGUGAUGUUUCUUUUGUUGGGAGGACAAGACUCGCCUCAGGGGUCGACGCUACCUCAGUAGUCUCAGAGAACAUCAAAUCAUCGUCGUCGUCAGUAUCAUUUAUGGUUCUAUCAGGGGCCAGAUCUUCCUGAUUAUCGCGUGGCUGUUCCUCAGACAUGGAUUUGUGAUGGUCAUCUGCAAGUGCCUCCUCUUCCGUACGAGAGCUGCUAGGGUGUCUGCUCGUCGCCUGCUUGGAAGAUGCUUUCAUAGAGCCGGCCCGCUUUGUCCUCUUGGCCCGGUUACGACUCCAAAUCGAUGUCUGUCCGCUAUGAGUAGGGAAGUCGUAUCUGCCUCCGCUAAACCAAGGUCCUGGCAUACUCGGCGGCAUGUUAAAAUAUGGAGGAAUAUCGUCCCGACCCCAGGCUUGCAUGGGAAACCCGUGCAUUCUUCCCCAGGGCCCAAAUCCUGGAGUUGGUCCGAAUCCAACUGACGAACCUGGUCCAUAGGAUGGAGGACCAAAGUGAGAUUCGCUGGCAUGCAACAUGGCGUCAGAAAUUUGUGAGGGAUCCAUGGCCGUAUCCAUAUCAGUUUGUAGUGCUUCCCAGACGACUUCGCUGUGAGUCCUUUGGCUCGUUGGCGCGCCUUUUUCUGCAAACGUUGGUUCUUGGUUGUUCUGAUUGUCGCUCUGAGAAUGCUGUACUCCUUUGACUGGUUCUUCGCUAUCGGAAUAUCCAUCCGUAAGGUCCUCCAGCAGAACUCCUUCAUCUUCGUCGAUAUUACUGUCGCCCUCCAUCCAUAGUCCUUCAACAUCUCCCUCAUCACGCAUAUUACGCAAAUGACCGUUGUUAACGACAAUUUCUCCAGUGUUCAUGUCGAUUUCGUCGCCAAUGCCCUCAAAGUCCCGGCUGUAUUUUUCGAUAAUAUGAGCCAUUGUGGCUUGCAGUUUAUGGUCAGCAUUCGCCCGCUUGAGUGCAAGCUGAAUAUCAGGGUCUCGGCGCAUCCUGAUCUCUUGGGGAUGUGAGGCAAGUUCGUCAUCGUCACUUUCAUCUUGAACCUCUUUUUGAGCUGAAGCGCCCCGUCGCCUUU